UCGUCUCCUAAAUGGAAUGUCUCCUAAUGAAUCGUCUCCUAAAUAUAGGAGACGAUUGCUUUCGUCUCUUAAAUCAUUUCGAUCGUCUCCUAAGCCUCGGUGUAUCGUCUCUUAAGUAAUUUGCCACGAAUGACGUUUCCACAGAGGUCCAGUGUUCGACCCUGCAGGUCGUCGGCAACCCAUGGUCACGCCCAAGAAAAUCGUGCGACAAGCCCUUGCCGACAACACGUUGGAGUGCACGGCCAAGCGAAUGCACGCGGCACAACGAUUGACAGGGGCCGCGUUGGAUGUUCUCCAGCCAGGAUUCCACGAGGAGGACCCACGCUUCAACGCGACGGAGGUGUCCAAGGUCAUGACGGGAUGCGUGUUGCAGCGGGGUGCGACCAGUCAACGGGAGCGGAAGGCAACCUUCCGUCCCACCAGACGCAACCGUCGGCAGAACGACGCAGCUUAG